AUGUCGGAAGAGGUCAGCCCCGUCGCGGAGCUGCUUGGGCUCGCAAUCUACCAUUUUGAACGCCUCAAACCCCUCCUACCGACCUACGGACAUUUGCUCGUCGCCUCCCUCUUUCCUAUCUGGAUUGGCGCGCAUGCCUCUCUUUCUCGACCUUCCUCCGCCGCCAAACCUCCCAAGAAAAACAACGAGAAGGAUGGAAAUAAUUCCGAUAAUGACGAGUCCGACGAUGAGUCGGGACCAGUCCAGAAAAUGGAGGGACUUGAGCCAUCUGAUGCUCUCAUGUUCCCGUUGACUGCAGGUCUCACUCUAGGAGGCUUGUAUCUGGUCAUCAAAUGGCUGGAAGAUCCCGCAAUUCUCAACAAGAUUCUCAGCUUCUACUUCUCUUGGAUGGGUGUAUUUUUCGCCAUCGCUUUCCUCAAGGAUACCUUGUUGAUUGCCCGAUCGUUUGUCUUUCCGAGGCAUUAUCACUUCGGGGGGAAGAUAUGGCAUGCAGAACAGUCAGAGCGUACAUUUGUUGCUCAAUCGGUGAACAACAGGUCAGAGGUCGCGACACAUAUUCGACACUCGCCUCUCCCUGGAAUUUUAGGCGCAGUCCCGCUUCCAAACUGGGUUUUUGCUUUGAUGUGGGCUUCUCGCAAUGUGUCAUAUCAACGCCUACGACUGCGGGCUCACAUUCGUGGUCUUUUCGAUGUCAAAACCCUCGUGGGCCUGCUCGACCUUCUCAGCGGACUCUUUGCUCUUGCUGCUGUGGGGUACUUUGCCUUUGUGACCAAGCCUUGGUGGCUGACCAACUUUCUCGGGUUUAGCUUCAGCUAUGGAGCGCUGCAGUUCAUGUCACCGUCUACCUUCUGGACGGGCUCGUUGAUUCUAGGGUCGUUGUUCUUCUACGAUAUUUACUUUGUCUUCUUCACCCCGUUGAUGGUCACAGUUGCCACCAAACUGGAUGUUCCAAUCAAGCUUCUUUUCCCUCGACCACCGAGUCCUGGUGAAGAACCCGAUGUUCAAGCGUUAGCCAUGCUGGGCUUGGGAGAUAUUGUCAUCCCCGGAAUGAUGAUUGGAUUGGCAUUACGAUUUGACCUAUUCCUCUACUACCGCCAGAAAGGAAUCCAACAAGCGCAGCUCCAAGGCCUCGAUGCCAAGGCUGUCAAACCUCAAUAUCAACGGGCAACUGGAUCGUGGGGAGAGCGCUUCUGGGCUCCAGCGGUGAAACCGCAAGUCCCAGAGUUCCAGCCACCAUACUCGGACGCGCGAUCUUUUCCCAAGGCGUACUUCAAAGCCAGUAUUGUUGGAUACGUCGUCGGAAUGAUCACAACUUUACUCGCCAUGCAAUACUCCAACCAUGCCCAGCCCGCCCUGCUAUAUUUGGUUCCUGGCGUACUGAUUUCAUUGUGGGGAAUGGCGUUCAUCCGUGGAGAGACUAGCAUCAUGUGGGACUUUUCUGAUGCAGAAGAAGAGGAGGAGGAGGAAGUGGGCGAAGCCGAAGGCAAGGACAAAAAGUCUGAAAAGGAAAAGAGUGGCGAUGCUGCUUCCCAAGAGCAUAAGACAUUUUUUUCGCGUCUCCUCUCCGGCGAUCUUAAGCUUUUCACAACGAGCCCUAAUGAUGCUCCUCCGGAGAAGGCUCAGCAGGAAAAUGACAAGGAGGGCAAUAGCAAAGAAGCCCCUGGGGACAAGAAUUCGGAUGAAGCUGAUUCUAAGAAACAGCAGGACAAGGGCGUCAAAGACCAAGGAGGCCUGGAGUUGAUCUCAUUUUCGAUCUCCUUCCCUGAGAAGUCUCAAAAAAAGCCAGUCCUGACUCUGCAGGGCGCUCUACUACAGAAGGAGAUUCGAUGGUGUCUAUUCCCGAUGUUGGUGAGUGGAAUGAUGAACCUCCACUGA